GGCUUCUGCGCUGUUGUGUCGACUGUGUUUGGAAAGAUGGAGGACGAAGAACAGAACGGAGCGGUUUCUUUACCGAAAGGGGCUGCGGCGGUGAACAAAAUGAUCAGAGAAAACAGUGAUAUCUUCUCCGACUCACAUUGCAAAGUGUGCAGCGCUGUUCUCAUCUCAGAAUCACAGAAACUUGCACAUUAUCAGAGUAUGAAACAUGCAAAUAAAGUGCGCCGAUACCUGAGUAUCCACAAGGAUGAAGAACCUGUGGGGAAGAAGUUCAAACCACCAUCGCCUGACAAUGAUAACACUAAUGGGGAGGAGGAUCGAAUGAAGGCCUGCCCAGUUUGUAACAUGACGUUCUCUUCCCCUGUUGUGGCUCAGUCCCACUACCAAGGCAAAGUUCACUCUAAAAACCUUAAGCUGAAAGAACAGGGCAUCCCUGAAAAAGUGUACCCCCAGUCAAAGACUGUCCCAAAAAAGCCCUCGCCUGUGAGUGCGUCCCCAGACGUGUCCGCGGGCAGUGACCCCGAGAAGUUCUGCUCCAUCUGCCAUGCCUCCUUCAACAACCCGCUCAUGUCCAAGCAGCACUACGUGGGCAAGAAGCACAAAAAGCAGAUGACCAAGGUGAAGCUCAUGGAACACUAUGGGCCCUCCUCUGCACCUGCAUCGUUGUUGAACAUUUUGUGUGGCAAAAAAACACCCCAAAGGCACCAACACGUGUGGUCUAUUCAAUUGAUCCAAUUCUACCGCUGUGAUGAUUCAAAUGUGUCUACCAAGGUUAUGAAGAUCAAACAUCUAACCAGGCAUGAUUGUGACAGGGAAGAAACAGGCUGCCUCCUUCGUUCGCCAGGCAGCCUCCUUCGUUCGUCAGGCAGCCGCACCACCAGUGGAGCGCCAGUUCUUUCCAGAUUUCCAGCCACGGCAGGAUGAAUUCAGGGGCUAUGGGGGCUACAACGAUCAGUACCCCUGAAAACACACCCAGCAUUCCUCCUCCUUCCCUGGGUUUAGAGAAAGCGCUGCUUCCUUUUCUUUUUUUCUUUUUUCUUUUUAAUUCUCAAACGGGCGAGCUUCAGAGCGCUUGGACGUUGGCUCAGAUUAAGUUCCAUUCUAAACCAGAGAAUCCCUGGUUUUUAGUAAUUCUUUGUUUUAAGUUGUGGACUAGUUUGUGAAGUGGCUCUUAUGUCACCAUGCUCAUCAAAUUGUUUUGUACAUUUGGUCUGUCUUUACAAGAAAAAGGAGAAGGAAGCAUGUUUGGCACAGGGGAUGAUUUAUUAGGUUUGUAUAGCUGUGGCCAAAAGUUUUGCAUCACCUUGAAUUUUAGGAUUGAGAUAAUUUGAGAAAAAAAUAUCUCUGAACA